CAGCCUAUGGAAAUACCAUCACCACCAACAAACAACUGGGAACAUCUAGCAAUUGACCUUAAAGGACCGCUUCCGCCGACGAACAACGAGUCAAUCCUUGUCAUCAUAGACUAUAAAACUCGAUAUCCUGUAGCCAUUACCAUCCGAUCAACGACAACACAACAUGUUAUCAAUUGUCUCGAGAAAACCUUUUCUAUGUUUGGAUAUCCUCGCAAAAUUCGCUCCGACAACGGUCCUCAAUUUACAUCAGCAGAAAUCGAGCAAUAUUUUAAAGAGCGGAACAUUCACCAUGAACGUUCAUCUCCCUAUAAUCCACAAGGGAACGGUGAAGUAGAGAGAUUCAAUAGGACGCUAAGUAAAGUCAUAAAAUGUGCAAUCACUGAACAGAAAGACUGGAAGAAAGAACUUGACCACUUUCUUCUCAUGUACAGAACCACACCGCACUCUAUCACCGGCGUUUCACCAGCUGAUAUGCUCCUCAAACACAAACCAAACAACGGUAUACCAUCAUUUGAACCAACUUCAGCUAUAGAGAACACUUCACAAGAAAUGGAAAAGAAAAGAAAAGCCAAGAUGUAUACCGAUGCCGCAAGAAAUGCACAACAUCGAGACUUCGAAGAAAAUGAAAUGGUUUUAGUCAAACGCAAUAAAUUCAAGUCAAAACUGGACAGCUUUUAUGAAGAAACACCAUACCGUGUCGAGAGAAAUCACAGAAACACCGUCACCCUGAUCGACCAGAAGAAUAGAACGACAAUUCGACACAAGAGUCACAUCAAGCCGUAUCGUUACGACUUCCAUUAUCUCAAUCAUCCAAUAUAGCCGAAGACACCGACACUAUAAGCGACAACCAGCCGCAAUACUUCACAUUACUUGCAGAUGAAGAAAUCAACUUAGACGAAUCUUUUGAAACUAUUGCAUAUCAAGAAGACUCAGAUCAUGAACAUGAUCCAGCAUAUUUUACUAGAUCGGGUAGAGCUAUUAGACUUCCUGGAUACAUGAACGACUUCAAAGUUGGAGAUUGAAAUUUAUUUUUAUUUUCACGACAUAUAUACACGGUUAUAUUUACAUGGUUAUAUUUACGAUAUAUUUACAUUUGUUUUUCUGCGACAGCCUCUUUGUCUUGCUCUUUGUUUCUGGGCAGAAUCCCAUUUGGGGAGGGUUGUUGUAUCCCGCAGUGCAGCUGCCAUCUUUACUUAUUUGUUUUGCUGAGUCAGCGCAAGUCUCCUCUUCCGAUUCUGAGAUCCAAGAUGGCAGCAUCCCUUCAAUUUGUAUUCAUUUAUGUAACGAUUUGAUCCAUUCAUAUCUCGACUUUUAAUCGACCCUGAAACAUAACACCUCAUUUUCUUUUAAUGGUCUCCUUGAACCACCAUCUACAGCUUUAUACAAAGUGAACCCACCUACAACUUUCAGCCGAGGAUAUGCUUCAGAAAAAAAAGCGAUUUAUAUAACAUCGAAUUAACACAAUACAUUGGUAAAAUGAGUGGCAAUGUCGGAAAGCUAACUUCACUGCUGAGUGGCUUAACGGCAGGUGGAAUAUUUGGUGUUUAUUUAGCACAGAAUUAUGUCGUUCCAGAUGUCAGACAAUUACUCAGCUUGAUCCAGGACAAAGCGGAGCAAUAUACGAAAGAAUCUUGUGAAGAAAACAAUCGAGAUGAAUAGAACGUAUUCUGGCGUGUGUACUUUUGCCUUACUUGUCAGAAUAAGCGCCGUGACGACUUUCUGAAGAGAACACUGCUUUAUGCGACGUCAGGAUAAUCUCAUAGUGUAACAAUUUAAAAUACGAUGAUUUGUAAACGCUUUUGAUUUAAAACUGUUUUUUAACGUACUUACCUUAAAUGGAAAACUUUUGCGAGUCGGAAAAAUUACGAAAUAAGGGGAAAAACUUUUGUGAAUGACCAUUUUCUAAAUUUUUUCACGGGGAAUAACUUUCGCGAUUGACGGUGGUGUUGACUACAUCUGCUAAUAUGUAUGCUUAUAAAAAUCAUAAUAUAACAAUAACGGUUUACAUUUCAGACGCUAGAAGUAAAAUGUUGCGUAAAAUGUACAGUUAUUCAUCAAUUUCAUCAUAUUUCAAAAGUUCGGCAAAAUUAACUUUCGCGAAUAGGUUUUGUCAACGUAUUUCGCGGGAAUAAUUUUGUGAUAAAGCCCUUUUAAAAUUUUUAGCGGGGUCUAACUUUCGCAGCUUGGGUCAAAAGUAGCGAAAUCGGAACACGAGAGUUUCUCGCGAAAGGUUCUUGUAGUUCUUGUAGUUGUUUGAGUUGACUAUUUUCCAUUCACGUAUAAACUCUGGUGUAGUACUGAAGGGGCUGUGAUUUUUGGUUGUGCAGACAUCAGAAGGGAGAUUUUGGAAGCGUAACAUGCGGUCGUCUGUAUUGUCAAGAUAUUCACAACUUUUUAUGUUCGUACAUAUUUUUAUUUUUUAUACAGUUAUACAAGUUACAAAUUAGUGAUCGUUCUACUUUAUAAUUAGAUAUAAUUUCCCGAUUAACCAGGAUAUCUGACGUAGAGGAACUUUUAACAUGAUAGCAAUACAAACAACAGCGUUAAUAGAUAUCUAUCUGUGUAUGUUUAUAUACAUUUUGUGUGUUCCUGUAUUAAAGCGUUGUUUUUGUAUGUAUUUUAUUCUCAGAAAAACAAAACAUCUGCACAAAAGUAUUUUGAUUUCUCAUGCUGCUAUUCUCACAAGAUUCAUCGAACAAAAGUAAUUUUUUUUGUUCUUAUAAAUAAUGUAAGAUGUGAACGGUAAUGUAGGAAAAUAAUAAAUAGUGGUUUUGUGUAUGAUGCUGUGGUUGUUGUUGUUGUUGUUGUUGUUGUUGUGGUUAUAUAAAGAAGUACUAAUGUGAUCGCGUCGCUUAAAUUUUUGCUGUUAUACAACCUUAUUUCGCUCUUACCUUAAGAAAAUAUUUCUGGCUAGGUUUUUCAACCUAUUCCAGCGUAUAAAA